UGUUCCUAUUGAAUAUUCACCACAAAAUUCUUUACCCACGUUGGGGCUCCACUUCUCCUCUUCGUAACACCACAACAUCAGCGAUGCGUCCACCAUUGAAGAGGGUCGAUUUCUGCAGAGGAGACAAGGUUGAGGUUUGCAGCAAAGAAGAAGGGUUUCUUGGUUCCUAUUACGAAGCCACCAUUGUUUCCCACCUUGACAAUGGCCUCUACGUUGUUCGCUACAAGAACCUUCUCGAGGACAACGAGUCUCUGCCUCUCACCGAAACCCUUUAUCCCAAGGAGCUUCGUCCCGCGCCGCCUCGUGUCCACGCUUCUCAGUUUGCACUCUAUCAGAAAGUCGAUGCUUUCGACAACGAUGGUUGGUGGGUUGGUUCGAUCACCGGAAGAACUGGUUCUCACUACUACGUCUAUUUUUCUACCACAAACGAAGAGAUAGCGUACCCUUCUUCUCAGAUCAGGGUUCAUCAAGAAUGGGUUAAUGGGAAUUGGAUUUUGUCCAAUUAACUUCUAUGCCUUUUUGUGUUCUUGUUCCUUCGUGAUCAAUGCUGUAAUGGGUUUUCUUUUUUCUUUUAUUCUUGCUUCUUGUUCAUCUGAAUAUAUACUAUAUAGGUUGGAAUUUUCACAUGGGCUUAUGGAUCUGUGAUUAAUUUUGGGUGGCCCUUGUUACAUGUAUCGCCAAUGUUCUGUACAAAUUCCUUUCAAUUCAAGAACAAUGAUUCUC